AUGACUGACGGGAGGAAAAUUAAAAGGACAGGAGAGAAGAAGGGAAGGGGGAACCCACCCCUCCUCCUAUUAAGACACUCUAAACUAAGGAAACUUUUUUACAUAAGGAUGUAUCUGAAGAGAAAGCGUCGAGAGGCUCGUUCUUCUAAUCGCCACCGAGAUGAUGAAGGUAACUCUCGUAGUGGACAUACCGCCCCCCCAGUCACGUUCGAAGAGCUAGGAGUGGAAGACUGGUUAGUCAAAGUAAGUAAAACGGUUCAAAUUAGUCACCCAACAAAGAUACAGCAGUUGUGUUUGCCCCUCAUAAUGAAAGGACAUAAUGUAAUUGGUACUUCCGAGACAGGAACAGGGAAGACGAUAUGUUACUGUUGGGGAAUUUUACAAGAAUUAAAUAAAAACUCUUUUGGAGUCUUCGCCAUAGUGCUUCUCCCCACGAGGGAGCUGGUGGUACAAGUGGUAGAACAGUUCCUUCUUUACGGGUACAGGAUAGGAAUAAAAAUUCUUUCGUGCAUUGGUGGGUCUUCCCUAAUUGAGCAGCGAAGAGGAGUCUUGGCCAAGCCGCACGUAAUCGUGGGCACCCCUGGCCGAACCAGCGACAUCAUGGAGAACUGCGUUGAUGUUACAAACUGCUUCAAGAGGUUGAAAUUUUUUGUGUUGGAUGAAGCAGACCUGUUGCUGCAGAAGUGUUACGAGACAAAAUUGGAGGUAAUUCUCCGCAGUUUGCCCAAGCGGGGGGAUUCAACAAGCGCGUCAUGCGCAGCAGCCGGCGGGUCGCACAUCGCAGCGGUGGGUGGAUCAGGCAGCGGGUUAGGCGGCGCGUCAGGCGGCGGGCGGAGGACCCUCCUCUUCAGCUCCACCAUCACCGACUCGCUAAAAUUACUCGCCAACUGCUUCCCGCAAGACAAUCUCAUUCUUGUAAAUGCAAACAAAAAGCAAAAGCCCUUGAAAAAUUUAGACCAGAGGUAUAUCUACGUGGACGAGAUCGCGCAAAUGACCUACCUGGUAUACCUGUUACGGAAAAAGUUACCUGACCAGUCAGGCAUUAUUUUUACAGACAACAGCUACAGGUGUGAAUUAAUUUACACGGUCUUAUGCAUGCUGGGGGGAUUCUCAGCAGAAUCUAUACACUCCUCAAAGGACCCCAAAAAAAGGCUAGGUGCUUUGUCCAAGAUAAAAAAUGGAGGCUGUAAAAUUUUAGUAGCUACAGACAUCAUCAGUAGAGGAAUUGACAUUCCGAAGACCUCCUUCGUGAUCAAUUUUGACUUUCCUAAUGAUUCAGUUUUGUAUGUUCACCGCGUUGGGAGAACUGCCAGAGCUAACAGGAAGGGAGUAGCAGUGUCCUUUGUGGACAAGCGUGAUGUGAACUCGUUUAAUAACGUUAUGAAAAUGAUGAAGGGUGCGUUGAAGCCGUGGCGUUUGAAGAAGAAGGAGGUACUCCAGGAUAUGUUCAAAGUGGGCCGCGUGCUGAAGAAGGCUGAAUUGCUACUCGAGGAGAGGGAGGACGCUCGCCGCGAGCACAGACGCAUGCAGAAGUUUGUGCACCGUGCGAUGUGA